AUGAUGGACUACGCAUCGAUUGAGACGCCAGCGGCCUGCUACGCCGACUUUUGUCUGAUUCCCUCAUUCUUUGUCGCUGAACAGGUCGGCACGGGAAAAAUCUCCGUCGCUGAAGAGGUUGCCGACGUGCAGCGCGUCCUCAAGGCCAGCGGGCUCAAGUACACGAUGCACUCGGCCGGUACCACUGUCGAAGGGGCAUGGGACCAAGUCAUGGCCGUCAUCGGCAAGGCCCAUACCGUUGUUCAUCGUCGCGGCGUUUUGCGUGUACAAUCGUCCAUGCGCGUGGGAUCGAGGACGGAUAAGAAGCAAACGGCAGAGGACAAGGUGAAGCGCGUCAACGAUAUCCUGGCUACUGAUGUUUAG